GAUUUCACGAAGAUCUUUCAUUUCCGGUCCAGAGGUUUGUAAACAAGGCAAGUCAAAAGUUCGUCAACGAGUUAUAUUUAUGAUUGGUCUCGUCUAAUUAAGUCUAGACACUGGCCUGAAGAAGUUUUUAUUUUAGAACAUUUAAGAAGGUCAGCAACUAAAGUGUCAAAGGAGCAGAGUGGUUCAUUGAUGUUAUCAUCCGGUUAAUUAUUACAAACAACAAUGGGAGGUGGAGAUUUGAAUUUGAAAAAGUCCUGGCAUCCUUCUACUUUGAGAAACAUUGAACGUGUCUGGAAAGCUGAACAGAAACAUGAAGCUGAAAAACAAAAAAUUGAACAACUUCAAAAAGAGUUGGCAGCAGAAAGAGCUCGGGAAGAGAUUCAGCUAUAUGCUGAGGAUCAAGGUGUUGUCAAAAAAAAAGAGGAAAAACUUGAUUGGAUGUAUCAGGGUCCUGCUGCCAUGGUUAAUCGAGAAGAGUAUUUGUUAGGCCGAAAGAUCGACAAGACAUUUGAAACUCUACAACAAAUCGAAAGUGGGAAAGCACCCGAAGAGGCUGAUAAUGAUGUUGGCUCUUCCAUGUUCAGCUCUCAAAAUCUUUCAGGGACAGCUACGGUUGAUUUGGCUACUAAAAUCAGAGAAGAUCCUUUGUUCAAUAUAAUGAAAAAAGAAAAAGAGCAAAAGAAAAAUCUAUUAAGCAAUCCGGUGAAAAUGAAACAAUUGCAACAGCUGUUACAAGCAUCUCUUAAAACAAAAAGCAAGAAAAGCAAAAAGAGUAAAAAGAAGAAGCACCAGGAUGAUGGCUCUGAUGAUGAGGUUGUUCAAAAGAGAAAGAAGCAUCAAUAUAAUGACUCUGAUGAUGAGGCUGUGCAAAAAAGAAAGAAGCAUCAAUAUAAUGACUCUGAUGAUGAGGUUGUUCAAAAAAGAAAGAAACAUCAGUAUAUUGAUUCUGAGCAUGAGGUUGUUCAAAAAAGAAGAAAGCAUCAGUAUAAUGACUCUGAUGAGGAGGUUGUUCAAAAAAGAGGGAAACAUCAGUAUAAUGACUCUGAAGAGGAGGUUGUUCAAAAAAGAAGGAAACAUCAGUAUAAUGACUCUGAAGAAGAGGUUGUUCUAAAAAGAAGGAAACAUCAGUAUAAUGACUCUGAAGAGGAGGUUGUUCAAAAAAGAAACAAAAAUAAAGAUCCAAAAAAGUUUUCUGAUUAUAAGCAUCAUGGCAGAUCUCCUGAUUACAAAGCAUCUAAGUAUGAUGAUGAGGAAGGCGAUAAUAGACAAUAUUCAUCUUCUUCAUAUAAUAGGAGAGAACUCAGCCAUAGAACACACAAUACUUCAAAUGAUAAGCAAGCUUACCCUGUAAGCAAUUACAGAGAUGAUAACAAAAGAAGUAAAAGUCGUAGUGAAUAUUCUAGUUCUCAAGAGUAUCAUCAUCACAGAGACUCUGAUCGCUAUCAGCGAGAUGAUUCUCAGAAGAGUAGAGAUUAUCAUAACAAAUCUAAUCAGCUGGAAUCUUCAGGUUCAGCUCCCAAAAAAAAACUUGAUGAGAAAGAAAGAGAGCGUUUACUCAGAGAAAUGCAAGAAAAUGCAAAAUGGAGAGAAGAUCAAAGAAAGAAGAAUGCAACUCGAUACAAAGAAGAAGAGGAAAGAGAAAAUAAAAUGAAGAAAGUAGACUCAUCUGAUUUCAUGAAGCCUAUGUUAGCAAAAGUUGCUGGUAAAGGCAGUGUUGAAAGCAGGGUGAAACAAAAGAUCUUUACAAUACAACGAAGCAGUGCUGCCAUGGACAGAAAUUUUGCCAGAAGAGACUGAUUGUAACUUGUCACAUAUAGUUUGAUUUAUUCUUUUAAUUGAACACACAACAUUUUAUUCACAAAAAAAUUUGAUACUGUUAUCAACUGUUAGUUGAUGAUCAUCAACUUUCAUUUUCUGUAAAUAAAUAAUUUGUUUGACUUUGUUUAA